CUGAAAUGUAAGACAGAAGAAGCCUUCUUCUUUUGAACACCCAUAAAGUGUGCGUGCGUUUGAUUUUCAGCAGCGGAAUAAUUGUGGGAAGGGUGUGUUGAAGCUCUCCUUGGCCCAGGGUUUCGCUUCUGCCACUCCUUGCCCAGUUGCUUUUUAUCCAGCCAGGCUUUAAGUCUGGAAAGUACACAAUUAGGAGAAAAAAGUUCAGGGGGGGGCGAUAAGUAUCCAGAGGAAAGGGGCAGCCUUCUCUCUCCCCUCUGCCACUUUCCCCCUUGAAUAUUUUGUCUAUUUCAGCCCCUAGGCAUACUUAAAUGUGCUGAAAUUAAUGGGUGCAUACCAAAUGUUUGCAAGGGAUGGGUUGAGACUCAGUAGUAGAACAUCUGCUUUGCAUUUGGAAGUUCCAGGUUCAAUCACCAGCAGCUCCAGUUAAAAGAAUCCAGUCACAGGUGAUGUGAGAAAACCUCAACCCUAGACUCUGUAAAAUUGCAGGGCCACCAGCCAUGUGGCUAUUUUCGCCGAGGGCGAGUUAAACUUUAAAAAACUCCUCUUUUGUUCCAGCUGACCCAAAGUGACAUCAUUGUGAGGUCUUGAGUUCCACCACCUCUUUUCCUAGAAAAAAAGCCAUGGGUAUGACCGAUAUGUGUCCAUAUGUAAACCUUUACAUUACCAGGUGCUGAUGAAUCAGAGAUUCUGUACUAAACUGGUUGUCUUUUCAGCAACUACUGGUUUUCUUUUUUCUACAAUUGAGACAUUUUUCAUAUUUACCUUGACGUUCUGUGGGCUGAAUAUAAUCAAUCACUUCUUUUCUGAUAUAGCACCUUUACUUGAGCUAGCCUGUGCCAGAAAUUAUAUAGGAGAAGCUGUCAUUUUUCUUAUUUGUUUUUUGGUAGUAUGUUGCUCAUUCUUUCUGAUCCUUCUAUCCUACAUUAUAAUCUUAAACACAGUCCUGAAAAUCCCCACCACAGAUGGGAAAUGGAAAGCCUUUUCAACAUGUGCUUCUCAUCUUAUUGUGCACUUUGGAUGUAUUUCCAUUAUUUACCUGAGGCCCCAAUCCAGGUAUACUUUGAAUGAACCAGUGCAAAAAAGGCUGCCCCCAACGUAAAUUGCAAAAUAAAGGAAACUCCACGGGGGUUGUAGUCAGUACUAUAUACAGUACACCAUAUAAACUCUCAGAAAAUAAUUUAAUCACUGUUUAGCAUCUACAGUUACAACGUACAAUGUAUAUUAACUGUUUCACUAUAUAUUCAGAACAACAUUCAAAGUAUCCAGAAUAAACCUGCAAAGUAAAUUAACCAGUGUCCCAGUGACGUAUCUUCUUAAAGGUCACACAAAAAACGAUGUCCUCUUUGUAGUCAGUUGAAAUGUGAUGUCACAAUAAAAUGACUGCGGGGAUAAAUUGUCCCUCCAGACUUGUUCCAACGCAAGCUACUUGUCCUGAACGGAAAAAAGAAAGAGACACACCCAAUCUGGGGCUGGCUGAAGUUCAGAUUUCAUCAAUGCCUCAUCAGGAGCGUCAGUCUCCGUGGUAUUCUAUUCUUACAGCAUGCGUUUUAAACAUCUGGAAAUACAAAUACAUUAUUGUAGCCAAACCUUCUCACAUUCCAUGACUUCAGUAUGAAAAUUAACUUACUCACUCAUGCGUGCACCUCUUAGUGCUUCCAAUCGCGGUAAAUCUUACACUUCCCACUGGUAACGUGCGGCGGCCGUGUCUUCUCAGGCGCGCCCCGUGUGAGUCCAACUCAAUACUCUUAAAGACCACCCACUCAGCUCAUACCCUAAAGUUUAAAGUAACCGCCACUUCCUGCUGCUAAACAGAAACUAAAGAAAGCAAUUCAACACCAGCUCAUUGUUUAACCCUUGAGGUUUCACGGUGUGCAAGCGAGUGAUCCAAAAAGCCUCCCUGCGUAAAAGAGCUACCUGGUCCCUUUUUACUACUUCCAAAACGGCAACCCGAAGAGAGUUGCUCUCAUGAUCACACUCUAUGCAGUGCUGCACCAAAGGUGCUUCUAAGACCCUGUUUCUGAUCCUUGAAAGAUGUUCCAACACCCGUACCUUUAAUGGUCUGCCUGUGCACCCUACAUACAAUAACUUGCACGGACAUUCAAUCAAAUAAACCACCCCUGCAGUGUAGCAUGAGGCAAAAUGAAAACACCUCAAUUUCUCUCCUCUGACCCCAAGUUCAUCACCUUCCAGCAUGAGAUUACACAUGGCACACCUGCCACACUUAAAAUUACCCCGAGGCAGGCUUGCCUUCUCCUGUCGUCCCCAUGCUGCUCCUUCACUUUCUUAUGGGAGGAUAGGGGGACCUGCUUUGGGGGGCCAUAACAUGGCCCCCCAAAGUCCAAUCGGUCUGAAACUUGGGGUUUUUUUAGAGAGGGGUUAGAGGAAGGUCCCCACCAAUUUUGGGCUGAUUCGGUGGGAAAAUGCCUCCCCCAGACGUCUGGGAAGACGGAGGCAUUUUCCCAUUGAAAAGCUGAAAGAAAGCCAAAAGAAGCCGAAAAGUUUCGGCUUUUUUUCUUUCGGCUAAGCCGAAACGUUUCAGCUUUCUCCAAAACUUUUCGGCUAACCCGAAAGAAGCCGAAACACUUUUGUUUCGGCUUUCUUUCAGCAUUCAGAAAGCCGAAACGCACAUCCCUAGUGACCAUAUGUAAACCUUUACAUUACCAGGUGCUGAUGAAUCAGGGAUUCUGUACUAAACUGGUUUUCUUUUCAGCAACUACUGGUUUUCUUUUUUCUACAAUUGAGACAAUUUUCGUAUUUACCUUGCCGUUCUGCGGGCUGAAUAAAAUCAAUCACUUCUUUUGUGAUAUAGCACCUCUACUUGAGCUAGCCUGUGCCAGAAAUUAUAUAGGAGAAGCUGUCAUUUUUCCUAUUUGUUUUUUGGCAGUAUGUUGCUCAUUCUUUCUGAUCCUUCUGUCCUACAUUUUAAUCUUAAACACAAUCCUGAAAAUCCCCACCACAGAUGGGAAACGGAAAGCCUUUUCAACAUGUGCUUCUCAUCUUAUUGUGGUUAUCGUGCACUUUGGAUGUAUUUCCAUUAUUUACUUGAGGCCCCAAUCCAGGUAUACUUUGAAUGAAGACACAUUGAUCUCUGUUACAUAUACGCUAGUGACUCCAUUGCUGAAUCCGUUUGUUUACAUCUUGAGUAACAAAGAUGUCCAAAUAGCACUCAAGAAAUCCCUGGGCAGGAGCACGUGCACCGAAAAGAUAUGAGAAGCUCUUUGAACUUGCUGUAAGUCCAGUGAGACCUUAAGAAGAACACCAUCCAUGCUGGUAUGAGCUUUCAAAAGACAGAGCUCCCUUCCUUAGGUACUAUAGGAGAAAGAAGCCCCUUUACCUUAGUUUUACAGAAAAUUAUGGGGAGGGAGAAGGAAAGAGGGAGGAGUUGAGCAGAGAGAGGCCUAAUAUAAUAAAUCCAGUGAGAUUCUUUAUGUGGGAACUUGAACCCCUAUGUGGGGUAGUUUCGAUGGGAGAGAUUACAGGUUCUUGCAUGAGGUGAAGAUAAACAAAAGUGCAAUAAAAUAAAUGACAAAUUAAUUAAGGAAGAGAUCGUGGGAUAUAUGAGAAAAUUGAACAUCAGUAAAGGAUUAUAGUAUGAUGUAAUAGGUGAAGAACAGGGUGUUAAAAUUGUUAAAAAGAGUCCUCUGGAGUUAUUAGAAAUUAUAAUGAAUAAAGAACUCCAAGUCUCAGUUUAAGCCAGAAUGACAGAAGGUGUUUAUUUUCUGGACAAGUUCUAAUUCAGCCCUUUCAUGUGGCAUAUUCCUUAUGAAGUUUUUCUGUCGAAUAGGGGCUUUCAGAUCCGCAACAGGAUGUCCAGAGAGAUUAACAAAAAAGAGUCCAGUAGCAUCUUUGAGACUAACCAUCUUUACUGUAGUAUAAGCUUUCGAGAAUCACAGUUCUCUUUGUCAGAUGCAUGGAGGGUAAGAAAAAACUGGUCAGAUAUAUAGGUGGGGAGGGGGGAGUAGAUGCAAUCAUUAGCUUCUGAUAAUGGGAUCAGUUACUUCUGAUAAUGAGAUAACCAUUCGUAGUCUCUAUUCAAUCCAAGCCUGACUGCGUCAAAUUUACAUAUGAAUUCCAAUUCAGCAGCUUCCUGUUGGAUUCUGGUUUUGAAAGGUUUCUGUUGAACUACAGUGACCUUUAAGUCCUUGAUGGAAUGUCCUGGUAGAUUAAAGUGUUCUCCCACUGGUUUCUGGAUUUGCCAUUUUUAAUGUCAGCUUUGUGUCAGGUUCAGAAUGGUUUCCUUAAUGCUAUAACCAAAGAGACUCCAUUUUCAUUCUUUCAGUAUUCUUAGUGCUUUGUUCACAGGUGCCAAGACGUUCCCAAACAGCUUUCUCCCAGAAGAGGAAUGUUUUGACUACUACUUUGCCAGCCUUGGGAAACU